AUGGCGUUCGUGGCAUCGCUGCUCAUCAUCGUGGUGCUUCUGGAUAGGAAGCCCCGCUUGAAAGAGGCCUACGGGUGCAUCGCCAUUGCGCUGAUCAGCCUCAUCGGCGCGUACACCGCUGGCAGCUGCAGGGAGACCGACACCACCAUCUAUGUCAUCAGCCUGGUUGGUGCUGUCCUCGCCUUCAUUAUAUUCCUCCAAGCUGUCAUUUAUUUCAAAGAAAAAGUGCCCAUUGUUGGGAAGUUCAUAGACGACAUAAGGGAUGCCUGCUUCUGGGCCAAAAUCAAAGAUCUCCAUAAAUCCGUGUCAGGGAGGUUGCAACGAGCAGUAUCAAGGACUCCAAGUCUGCGCGCUAUUAAUAGCAGGAAGGCAGCGGACAAGGCUAGCUCCCUUGUUCUCUUGCUCGCCACUCUUGCAGCGGCCAUCACGUACCAAGCAGGGUUGGACCCGCCAGGUGGAGUCUGGCCGGACAACGGCCAAGGGCACAUGGCCGUGGACCCGAUCCUCCUGACGACGAAUCAUGGGCGGUACAAGGCCUUCUUCUACUGCAACUCUGUCGCCUUUGUGGCAUCCUUGGUUGCCAUCAUCCUGGUCCAGAACAAGCUUCUGCUCGAGACCCACGUGCUGGAGGCAGCCAUGGUAUUGGACUUGUUUGGCCUCAUCGGUGCGUACGCCGCCGGGAGCUGCCGGGAUGUAAGCACCUCCAUUUACGCCAUGGCCUUGGCAGGGGGCGUCCUGGUCUACGUGGUGAUCCAUCUCGUCUUCUUCACGUUGGAUCACACAGACACCAUAACCCCGCAGGAAAUUGAGAUAGUGGAAAAGCGGCGCAAGCGGCUGCUCCUAUUCGCGGUCUUGGCCGCGACCGUCACUUACCAAGCCGGGCUGACACCUCCAGGCGGUUUCCGGCUCCAUGACGAUGGGUCUGGUGGGUAUCAAGCAGGUGACCCGGUCCUCUUAAACAACUUUCCCUGCCGCUACACCGCCUUUUUCUACUGCAACUCGGUGAGCUUCAUGCUGUCCAUUGCCCUCAUCAUACUGCUGGUGAACCCACAUCUAUACAGGCCAGCCAUACGAAGCUAUGCGCUCGCUAUUUGCACGGCGGUGGGCAUGUUCGGCCUGAUGGGGGCCUAUGCAGCCGGAAGCACACAGCAUCUGAAAACAUCCAUCUACAUCUUCGCACUGGUGGUUGUGGUCCUCUUGGUUAUAGCUGCACUGUUCCUAUUGUUCUUGAAUAAGAACAGAAACACCAGCAGUCAACUGAAGCCAGAGAACGGUGAGGACGAUAAAAAGACGACAUAUGCCAAGCAAAAAUACCUGAUGCUGCUAGGAAUCCUUGUGCCAAGUGUCACCUACCAAGCCGGCCUAGAUCCGCCCGGGGGAGCUUGGCAGCACAGCAGCGAAUGGUACGACGCAGGCAACCCGGUCAUGCAUGACAACAGGAGGCCCCGGUACCUCGCCUUCUUCUACAGCAAUUCUACGUCCUUCGUGGCGUCCAUUGUUGUUAUCAUCAUCUUGCUACUGGAGUGGAAGGACAAGAAGAAAAGGUCGCUCACACUCAGGGUGUUGAGCACGACGAUUGUGCUGGAUUUGCUCGCUCUCCUGGUGGCCUACGCAGCAGGCUCCAGCAGGGGGUGGAAGACGUCUGUGUAUGUCGUUGCACUGAUCAUUGCCGUGCUGGCCUACAUUGCAAUUCAUGUAAUCCUGGCAUUCCUGUGUUCACAUCAUGAUGACAGUUCUCAGCCCCCGGCAAAUCCUCCUCCGAUACAGGAGGAGGCGAACGGUGGGAAUCAGGCAUAG